AUGAAUUAUAAUGAUGAUUAUAAUCCAUUUGCUGAUUCAUCAAUUCGACAAGCAACAGCUGCAGCCUUUCCAAAUCAGCAAGCACAUAAUGAUUAUAAUCCGUUUUCUAAUACAACUACAGCGGUUCAACGCGAAAUACCUCCGCAAUAUCCGUAUGUUGCAGCUGCACCUCCACAACAUCCGAAUAUUGCUGCUGUGUUACCACCACCACCACAAUACCAGGCACCUACAACAGCACCUACUCCUCCUCAACAACCAACAUCAACUCGCAUUGAUCUUAGUCAACUAGAACGACAACAAGCUGAACUUGCUGAACGUGAAAAACGAAUCACAGAACGUGAACGAACAUCAACAGAUCCGACAAAGAUUUUAAAACGGGAAAAGAAUUUUCCACCAUUACCAAAAAUAUGUCCAUGUGGACCAUGUUUUUAUCAGGAUAUAAGUAUUGAAAUUCCAAGCCAAUUUCAAAUCUGGGUUCGAUAUCUCUACUAUUUAUGGUUGGCUUAUGCGGUCACACUAUUUUUGAAUAUGAUUGCUGCAUUAUCUUAUUUCUCGGUCGAUAAGGAAGGUGCAACUACAUUUGGUCUAUCGCUUGUUUAUCUGGUUCUUUUCGUACCGGCAUCGUACGUUUGUUGGUUUCGACCAAUUUAUCGAGCAUUCAGAGAAGACAGUGCAUCGAGCUUUAUGAUCUUUUUUCUGAUCUUCUUCAUACAAAUCAUCAUAACAAUAUUACAAUUUUUUGGCGUUGCCAAUCUUGGAUGUGGCUUCACAUUGAUGAUUAAAUUAUUUACGAGUGGCGGAAGCAAAAUUGUAGUUGGUCUCAUCGUAAUGAUUGUUACAGCAUGCUUUGCUAUGCUUGCUCUUGCCGAUGGUUUAUUAAUGAUAAAGGUUCAUCGAUUGUACAGACUAUCAGGCGCUAGUCUUGAGCAAGCUCAACAGGAAUUUCAAUCAGCUUUUGUAAACAAUGAAACUGUUCGCGGAGCAGCACGUGAAGUGGCAACGGCCGGUAUCAACGAUGCACUACGCCCAAACGAUAAUCAACAACGGCCAAUUUAUUGA